AUGGCUAGGAAGAGAAAGGGUAGUGAAGGUUUGGAGGAAGGGAAUGUUGCAGCAUGGGAGGAUGCAGCAGCGUUGGGGGGCGGUAGGAGGGCGCGGAAGAGAUUCGUGGGGGUGAGACAAAGGCCAUCAGGGAGAUGGGUGGCUGAGAUUAAGGAUACCAUUCAGAAGAUUAGGGUGUGGUUAGGGACCUUUGACACAGCUGAGGAGGCUGCAAGGGCUUAUGAUGAGGCGGCCUGUUUGCUGCGCGGAGCCAACACGCGCACCAAUUUCUGGCCGUGCUCCUCAUCGUCUUCUUCAGCCCCGGCUCUGCCAUCAAAGAUCACGAACCUGCUUCUUACCAGGCUGAAAGCGAGAAACAAUUCCUUAGCUGGGAAUGGUGCUCCCUCUUCUGCUCCUGCCUGUUUUCAGCAGGUGAAUCAGGUGCAGGAGGAUGAGGCAGCUGAGUUUUCUGAAUCACACUUCACUGAUUAUCUCAAUGAUCCUGAUGAUUGCACCGCUGAUAGCUCCAUGAUCAUCCCAGAAAUCAGCCUCGAAUCGUGCAAUUUAACAGAGACUGUUAACAGUUCUGGAGCCACAGAACAAGGGUUUAACUAUGAGAGUCAAAAUUCUGCAGUUCAAAUUCAUGAUGAACCAGAGGAAGAGGAGGAGAUCGAGGAAGAAAACACCGAUGAUCUUAGGGUUGUAGAUUUUCAGUUCGUCGAUGAAAUCGGAUCGUGCUACUUUUCGCCAUUUCAGAUGGCGGAGGAGAUUUCAGAAUCUAUGGAGCAUCAGCAGGCGAUGAUUAGCGAAGGGGAAGAGCUAUCUAUGAUUAGCGAGACGAUGAAGAGGAUGAACUAUGAGAGAAAAUUUUCAGCGUCUCUCUACGCCUUCAAUGGCAUCACAGAAUGCUUAAAGCUGAAGCUCAAAUCCGGGCGCGAAAGGUCCGAUCAACUCUCCAGGCUCAGAAACGCAUGCAAAAUGAGCAGAGAAAAGGAGGAGAUGAAGAAGGAUGAAGAAAAGGAAGAGAUUGUUGUUGAGAAGAAGGAAGAAGAAACAGGAGAUAAUGCAUCUUCUUCCUCUUCUUCUUCUUCUUCCUCAACCGCUUUCGACAACGAAUCCUCCAUAUGGAGCUCCAUUGAUCUUCCACCAAUAUGCUUUGUUACUUAAACUGCGAAACCUAUCAUUUUUAAUUAUCUUCGGUGCUUUUAACUAUAGGUACUAAAUUUCCAUUGUGUUUACGCAGAGAAGGGUUUCGUCCUCCAUUAAUGGAGUCGCAUGUUACCUUCCUCACAUGUUUUGACUGUAGCAUUUGUUUUUGCUUUUGCAAUCCUGAUUUGAAUUUGAUCUCCAUGCUUCAAUCUAAUGAAAUUAUGUUGGAAUUUCUUGUCUCUUC